GCUCGCGGGCCGGGUAAGAGACAAAUUAAAGCUAAUGUGGCACUGUUGACUAUGCCGAUGAUCACAGGGGAUGACGAUGACGAUGACGACGAUGAGUUUAUAGCCAAAGAAAAGAGUGACGGCACUGAUGAAACCGACGAUUCGGACCUGUCACUUAGUGAAGAUGAAGGCAAUGGAACUAGUGAUGAUGGCAAAGACUCCAGUGAUGGAGAUUCCGAAAAAGCAGAUAAAAUUGUUGGGCUUUCAAAUAAUUCAUGGCAAUUGGUUCCUUACCUUGCUGCUUUUACAAAUCUCUAUGAAGCGUCGGGGUUGAAUAGUGGUGGUAAAGACGUAUCUCUCGAGAAGAUGCCUCUCAUUUGUUCACUUUGUUUGAAUUUGCGUCCUUCAGUUCGGAAAGACCCAGUGAUACAGUGUAGCAGAUGCGGUGUAGCUGUUCACGAAAAUUGUUAUUUGACCGAUCUUACUGCUUCGGGCGGUAGUCAUUGUAGCUCCUCGGCGCCACUUUGGUUUUGUGAGCCAUGUUUGUACGGUUUAAGUGAGCCUCCUUAUUGCGAAUUUUGUCCUUCAAGAUACGGAGCGUUCAAAAAAGCAGACAUUGGUGGGGGAUGGGUUCAUCUUCUAUGUGGCUUAUAUACACCUGGCGUUACAUUUGGUGACGUCGAUCGUUUGAGUGCGAUUAGUUGGCAAGAAAUGGAUUACAAGAACUUUGGUCGAAAGGCAUGCGUUGCUUGUCCAGACCCCGUGACGGCUAGGACGGGAGUUACGGUUGCGUGCGAUGCAGGUCUAUGUAAAGCAUAUUAUCAUAUAUCAUGUGCACAAAGGUUAGGAUUACUGAUUGAUAAUUCGGAAAAUAAUAUUCUAAUGAAAAAGAGAGAACGUGGUAUAUCAGGAACUGGAAACAAUGGUGACUGGUACGUUACAGAUGAGGAAAUUGCUGAUACUUAUUAUCUGUCUUGCAAACGCCACUGUGUGGACGAAGACGCUGUAAGGAGAAGGAGAGUAGCCUGCUCUUACUUUUACAAGCAGGAGGAAACAAGAAUGAUAGAUUUAAACCGGCGCACAAAUGCACUGAGCGAAUUACAAGAAAAAGCACGGUUAUCGAGUCUUGCAAAGCAUCGUAGGACUGUCAAGGAUCUUGAGGGUGUUACUAUCGCUUGGCCUGAAGAUGAACGAAAGAAUGUACGUUACUUGCAUAACUCUCCGAAGUUCCUUCAGCUCUUUAUGGAGAAAGCCGAAGGCGAAGGUUUGGGGAAGUCGGAGUUUUUGCGUGAAUUCAAUACUGCUGAUGGAUCUAAACUGUCAUAUCUUCCUCCUGCUUUCUCGAAAGAAUUUUUCAGGUGA